UGAAACCAGAAAAGCGAAAUGACGUAAUUGAUGAUGAUCGCGUUUCCCCGUCCCGCUCGUGCCGAAGGGUGCUUUUUCUGAUCCCAAAGGAUGUUUGAGGUUGGAACUGUCUGCCAACGCGAGUCCUACUCCGAGUGAGUUGCAAAGCUGUCUUCCGAUCUUCCUUUGUCCUCGAUCUCUCUUAUCUAUAUAAUACUGGUAGCGAGGAGUCUGGCGAAUGAUCGCCUCCUUCGAGCUCGUUGGCGGAUUUCUAGACUCGUCCGCGUAUCGAUAGCAGCGCUCAACAGCAACCAUGUUCGCACCAGGGAUGAUGGGACCGGGAAUGAUGAACCCGAUGAUGGGAGGGAUGAUGGGUGGAAUGAUGCCGGGCAUGUCGGGGCCUGGGAUGCCGUUUGGUCAUUUCAACCCUCGACAGAUGCCUGGAUGGUUCGGUCGAGAUAUGCUAGGACGCGAAUUCUCGGGACCAGGAGGAACAGGUCAUUCGACACCGUAUCGACCCCCAGAUCCAGCAGUUCUACCCCCCAUGCCAAGCGGACUCCCGAUUAUGGCUCGGCCUCCGAAACAAGGUUUUGACGCCUAUGGCCGCCAGAUCCCACCGCCUCUCCCCGCAGGUAUCGAUGGCUGGGGUAGACCGAUCCCAGGACCCGACGGACAGUUUCAGUUCCGACCGCCGGGGAUGAUGGGCAUGCCAGGAGUGCCAGGGAUGCAAGGUCCGGGACAACCUCCUGCAGCUCCAGAACCUCCUGCUCCAACACCCGCGCCUGCUGCGGCUGAACAGCCCGAGAGAGAGACGGCGGCGGAUAUUGGUGUGACUAGCGAUUCUGGACGACCUGAAGAACCCCCCAUGUUCCAUCGGUCGCCCGUGACUGACUCUCACAACGACUUCCGAGACUUUACCCCCUUCUCCUUCCCCUCUUAUGCUCUCGCCCGAAUUCAUCGACUGCGAAGACCGCCGGAGCUGAAACAUUGUGAUGUGCGGUCGGAUGAAUGGGCGUAUUUUAUCGAAGCGCUUGAACAGGAGGCGUAUCGGUAUGCGGACAAGUCGCAUCUAUCGACUUACGGCACUUAUAGCCAGGACGAUUUACCGUUAUUGACCGAGGAUGUACAUCAGCUCCUGAGAGCCUGGCAAGUCGGCUAUUUUGGCCCUCGAGGUGUCCAGAUCUACCCAGCGAAGAACGGUAAACGCCUCUUCGCCCCCGGACUCCCUGUCUCCGGUCAUCGCGGGUACGGUAACAACCCUGCGCUAACAAUCACAGACGAUGACGACGACAGCGUCUUUUCCGACGACACCUACGAUCCGAGGGAAGAAGCACAGUAUUCAGCCCGGGAGCGCAAGUACCGGCGUAGACAAAGGCGGGAUAGAAGACGAGAGUUGAGAGAGCGGAAGAAGCGGCAACGACUGGCGACGGACGAUUGGGAGGUGCAUUUCGCUUGGAUGCAGCCGACCGCUUGGAGAGCUGGUAUGAAGCCGCUCCAAUACGGAGAGAAACGACCGGCUAUUCCCAGGCCCGACGAUUACUAG